AUCCCAAGAAUGACCUUUGAACUCCCAACAACUUUUGAUUGCUUCCAGUUGCGAUCUGACAGCAUCUGUGCUUCGCCACACGUGUGCAGGAUUCCCGACUGAAAAUUAUACCCAUUUAUUUCGUUGAACUUCAGCAGGGAGAGGAUUGAGGUAUGAUGGCAGAGGCACAGAGAUCGCAGGCAUCAUUCGACUUUUGCCACAAUCCACAUGCAGGCUCCCUCUUGCAGGGUUUACAGAAACUGCGAUCUGACAACCUACUCACAGAUGUUGUUCUUUGUGUCUCUGGAAAAGAGAUUCCAUGCCAUCGAAACGUUCUGGCUGCCUGCAGUGAAUAUUUCCGUGCAAUGUUCUGUAACGGACAUCUUGAGAGCAAUGAGUCCCAAGUAACUAUCCAUGAAGUCACCCCGGGUAUCUUGCAGCUUCUUGUUGACUUCGCGUACACGUCAAAAGUCACCAUCACACAGGACAAUGCUAUGAAACUGCUAGAAGGGGCCAACUUUUUCCGGAUCCUACCUGUGUGUGAUGCUUGUGUGACUUUCAUAUCCAACAACCUGAGUGCCACAGACUGUCUGCAGAUGAUGCACAUAGGUAAUGUGCUGUCCUGCCCAGGCCUGGAGAAGAGAGCGAGGUUGUAUGCCUUGAAGGAGUUUGCAUCAGUCAGCAAAACACCCGAGUUCCUUUCUUUGACUAAGGCUCAGCUCAUCAAACUUAUCUCAUCUGACCGCCUCAGUGCCUCUGAAGAAGUCGUGUACACAGCAGUGAUGACAUGGAUCAACCUUAACGCUGACGAGAGGAAUAAGGACAUGAAAGAGCUGAUGGAACUGGUCAGGUUCCCCUUCAUGGACAGGCGAUAUUUUUUGGAGAAUGUAGAAGGUAAUGAGGCCAUACGCAAGUCUUGUCAGGAUAUCGUGACCGAAACUCGCAGAUGCCAGCUCUUUCCAGGAGAGAUCCAGUCACCUCGCACCCGUCCCCGCCAUGCCAGCGGUCUGAGGGAGGCAGUAGUGGUCUUUGGAGGGCAUUCAAAUGAGAAUACAGGAGGCAGUCAUGAAUCCAGUUCCAUCACCAUGACCUGCAAUGCAAACCCAACAAGGUCCACUUGGAUCCAAAUGACUGAGCUACCUGAAGAUUCUGAAAGUCCAUUUCCUGUGGCUGUCCUGGGCACAAGUGACAUUGUCACGUCUUUUGCCAGUGUUGGCAAAGAUGUGUGGCUGUACCAGUCAGAACUGAACUCCUGGUCCAAGCUUGCACAGAUGAAGUUACAGCGAUACAGUCACAGACUGGCAGUGUUAUAUGGCGAAGUGUAUGCAAUUGGUGGCAAAGGUGGACAUGAUAAACCAGUAUCAUCAGUUGAAGUCUAUGACCGAAGGCAGAACAAGUGGACUGAAGGUGUUCCUCUCCCGCAACCAAGGUCUUGUCAUGCAGCUGCUGUGUUGGACAGCAGCAUAUAUGUGAUGGGUGGGUUGAAUGCAAAAGACGAGCUGACAGCCUCUGUGUACCGCUUCAAGCCAGGAGACUCACAGUGGCAGUCCAUGAGGGACAUGCCUGGUUCAGGUGAACGUGUGACUGCCACAGUUCUAAAUGGCCACAUCUACCUGGCUGGGGUACAGUCAUCCAUUUACUGUUACACUCCCAGUGAAGAUGGUGGUCUCUGGAGUGAGGUAGCAUCAGGUGUUCUAAUGGACUGUGGAAUGACUGCGUUCAGUGGGAAGGUAUAUACUUAUGGAGGCUAUGAUACUACAACUGGUAAAGUAAGUACAGCUGUCAUGUGCCUUGAUCCAGGAACCCAGUCUCUCAGGCAUGUGGGAACCAUGGCCAAAGGUCUCUACAACUGUUCGUGCGUCACAAUACUUAAAUAUUGCUGAUGUACUGAGGACUGCUCUGCAUUAAUUGUUGACAGCAGCCUCAUGACACAUUUUGGUACUACAUUCUAUGUAAGCAGUUACUUGACUCAUGAAUGGUCCAAAAUCAUUUGGUUUGACAAAAAUGUGUGUUCAUGCAUUACUUCAUGAUUCUGUUUCUGUAGCACCUUGGCAGAGCGACAAAGGAAUGAUAUCAAUAGGAGACAACAUGACAUUUGUUUAUUUGCAUGUAAUGACAUAAUGAUCUUACAAGACUAUUUGUUGGACUGAAGCAACAUUCUGGGUAGCUUUCUGCAAGAUGAGAGUUUCUCAGGACUUUGACUCUACUCCAGGGUUGUAGCCAGCCUGAAAUCAUUUUCCGUCCCCUCGUUUUUGAAUCCUAUCAAGCACCCAAGGUACAAGAGGUUGUGCAACGUUUCUAGGGGGGUCUGAACAUGUUCCCCAGAAAUGUAUGAAAUCUAGACCCUCUGAAAUGCUAUUUCCUGCAUUUUGAGGUGUAAAUUUUGCUGGUAGACCAAGUUGUUCAACGUCAUCUGUUUUGGUGAAAAAUUACACAUUUAGCUUAGGGAAACAGUUUUAUUAUAUCUUAGUUUACAUAUCAAUUUUUGUCCAUCACAGAGGACAGAAUAGGAAAAAACUUUUUUCCGUCCCCAGCUUCAAAAUUCCGUCAAAGGACGGAAGGACGGGUGCUGGCUAGAACCCUGUUCUACUCUAUAGUCAGUUCUGUUGGAAACCUUUGUAGUAUAUUUUAUCCAAUUCUUUUAGUUUCCUUAGUAAACAUUUAAUAUGUAUGUGUGUAUAACAAACAUAGAAAUAUAUAAAAGCUUGUUGGUUCCUGCAUUAUGUAUUGCCUGAUGUUGCCAACAUAGAAAAUUUGAUGGCAACAUAUGAAAAGACGUUUUUGACCUGGCUAUGGUAUGUUUUAUUGGCCGAUUUGAUGAAAUGCAAGUUAGACUUUUGUUACUCCCUUGAGGGCCCUUACUCUUUGUUCAUUGCAAACUGUGAAAAUGAUGUGUUGAAAUCUUUAUAGUAUAGUACCUUUAACCUUAUGUUUAAAUUUGUUAACCUUAAGUCUCCUUUUUUUGUAGAAAUUAGUACGCCCAGCAUGUAUUAUCUGAUGCUGGUAACCAACCUUGUUUGCAACUUUUAGAGUAAGUAGGACCCAAUUCUGAGUCAUGACAACCAGAUAGUGAAAGUUGCUGUAUCAACAUAUUAAGUUGAGAUAUAUUGAAAAGCUUUUUAGUAUCUUUUAUCAACAUGAUUUAGUUUCCUUCACAUAUAUUUGUAGUUAUAUUUGUUACAAACCCAAGAAUAAAACUUAUUAGAAGAACAUGAAAGCUUGUUGAUUCCUGCAUUGUUGAUGCCAACAUCAAAAAUGUGAUGACAACAUAGAAAAAAAGUUUUGUAUUGUUGUUUUAUCAGCCAACUUGAUGAGAUACAAGUUAGACUUUUCUUACACUUACAUCAUAUUCUUUGUGUUCAUGGCUUUAAGUUCAAUUUUUCAUUUGAAGUUAGUAUGUAGAAUGUAUUUUGGGAUGAUGGUAUUAAACCAACAUUGUUGGUAACUUUUGGAGUAAGGGUUACGGGCCCAAUUCAUGACAACCAGAUAGUGAUUUAAAGUAGGUAACAAGUUGAAGUAUAGAGUUUUGUUGUUGUAAGGACAAACAUAUUCAAGACAAGCACCGACUGCAUGUUAAUUAACUUAAAAGUAUAGAAAGAAUGGAACUUAGAUACAGCCGUCAUCUUAUAACGUGUUAGUUUUCUUAAAACAUACUGUUUUAUUAGUUUUCUUACAUCAAGGAAUGUGAUCAUGGGAAAAAUCACAAAAAGAAAGUUGUGUUUGAGAAA